CGCACCGUACGCAACGGAUCCAGAUCGGUCUUCCGGCAGGAAGGUUUUCCCACAUAAAUCUUGCAGGAUUUAGGUUAGAACUCGACUUACCCCACCCGAGCUGCGAUAGAAAGCCUGCCAACGCCGUCGCCCUUAUAAUAAUUAGAAGCAACAUUACGCGCAAUAAUUAGGUUUUAUUAGCCUAUUUGCACGUAUGGAUAUGGAUAUCAUGCCUGCCUCUCAAGGCAGCAGGAUGAAGCAAUCGAAGAAUCCAAGGAGGAGGUUUUUAUUUCUUUUCAAACAGAAGGUUGGAUCUCUAGUUCACGGAGAAGACAAAGUUAUUGGGCCAAAGAAGAUGUUUAGGCUAUGUAUUCUUGAUGAGUUUGGCAUGAGAACAAUGGCUAAACCUAUGGUUAUACUUAAAUCAACAUCACUACGCCGUGAAAUAAAACUUCGUACGGAGAAGCGGAAGAUAGUGUGGGCUUACCGUGUAUAUCAGGUUCGUACAUGGGAAGCUUUCAAGAGAAAUGUCGAAACCAUCGGAAGGUUGACUCGUACGUUAAACAAUGCAAUUAGAACGUACGGCAGCCGUCGUUUGCAAGCUGGAUUAUUUUACUUGGCCAUAAAUUGGAAUCCUCGUUUUACAUACACGGUUCGUAGUCAUAUCUACGGUGACAAUGAGUUUUUGAGAGAUUUGUGGAGAAAGAAGAGACUGGAGCGUAAGAUGAGGCAAACUAAGAUGGAGCUAUGCAACACUUCUGCAAGUACAUAGAGAUGCGAUCUGUGUGAUAGAAAUCUUUCUGCCAUUGUCGUCAGAACGCUGAAAUUGUGUCGCAUGAGGCACAUAUUUUGCUUGUUACUUGUAAUUUUCUUGGCAUUCAUAAUAGUAUAUAUGUAAGUGAGUGUUAAGUUUUGGGCUGACUCGGUACUACUGCUACGUUUUUCUAUAGAGCUUGAAUGCAUUUCUUUUUCGGUUUUGUUCAAUCUAUGUGAAUAUUACAUCGGU